GGAAAACACAACACCAGGGGAAAACAGAAUCACAAGCAAAAAGGAGGAAUAGAUAGGACACUCACCAUCAGCCGGGCUGCCACCACAACAAGCCUGCUUUCUGAAACGAGGCUCUGUUUACCAGCACUGUAACCUGGGUGACAAAUCUUGAAACAAUACAGUCAAAUGUAAGAGGGGUUAUUGCUGACAAAUUCCCUCUCUACUGUCUUGGUUUUGGUUUUGACGUCAAUUUUGAGUUCCUUGAGAAGAUGUCGCUGCAGAACAAUGGUGCAGCCCGACGGAUUUAUGAAGACUCUGAUGCUGAUUUACAGUUGAAGGGUUUCUAUGAAGAGGUGGCCACUCCUCUGUUGACAGAUGUGACAAUGAUCUAUGCUGGUGCGCACAAUCUAACCCAGACUAACUUCAGCCAGUAUUAUAAUGGCUCUGAGAUUGUGGUGGCCGGUCAGAUCACUGACAACGACAUCGAAACUUUCAGUCCACAAGUUGUGGCCAUUUCGAGGAAUACAAGGGUGGUGUUUUCUGACACAAACACUGGGGAGUCAACUGGAACAGUUUCUGACAGCCACAUCCAGAGGGUUU